AUGGUUUCUCUAUGUCGUUCUCCGUUUAAUUGUUAUAAUGAUAGAAAACGAUAUAAAACUAUGAUUGUCUUCAAUAUCUUUGAACUAAUCUUUUUUAUUAUUCGAUUAAGUUUAGUUAGUAAUGAUUUAUCUCAAAGUAAUUCAAGUACAAGAAAUUUUCUUAUACCCAUUUUAAUAUUUGAUUUAAUUGGAUCAGUUCCAUUAAUAAUAUGUAAUAUUAUUUAUGUUAUUAUGCAUCAUUGUAUUCAACCAUUAAUUCAUCAAACAACUUCAGCUCAAUAUUUAUGGAAUAUUGGUACAAUGACAUGUAUUCGACUUGAUUUUCAUAAAGAUCGUCCUCAAGCUAUUUUACUUAUUCGUAUUUUAUUUAUUGUUUCUUCAUUUAUAUUAAGAUUUAUUUGCUUUGUUAUUGGUGCCUCUUGUUCAGCUCGUUUUCAAUCUCAAUGUACUGCCUAUGCUGUUGUUGCUGGAUUUGCUCUUGUAUCAUCAAUAAUUGUUAUUAUUUUAGAAUUUAUUCAUUUUUUUCGUUUAUGGAAUUAUAAUCCUACUGAUUCAAGAAAUACAAAUGGAAUUUAUAGUAUAACUACUCCACCAAUGAUAACUAAGACACAUCGUCGUCAUCUUCGUUUUAUACAUAGUUCAUUAUUAAAUGAUGAAACUUCUGAUAAUUUUCGUCGAUCAAAAUGUAAACAAGAAAAUAAUUGUAAAUCACAAAGUCUUCAUCAUUUUUUAUUAUAUCAUUCACUUGGAGUUCAACAUGAUAUAGAUGUAGCAAAUCUAAGUGAUGAUGAGAAGAAAUCUUUUAUUGCUUAUUAUGAAACAACUUCAAAAGAAGCUUUUGAAAUUGCUCAAAAUGGUUUUCCUUAUGGAUAUUCUACUGGUCCAGCAAAAGAUUGUUUACAUCUUAGAAAAGAUAUAUUUUUUACACGUUCAUGUCAAUCUCCAACUGCAGAAGCAAUUAUAUGUGUUCGAUUAAAUUUAGGACGAAUAAUAGUACUUCAGACUAGUGAAAAUCUUAAUCUUGAUCCAUAUUUUUCAAGAGCCGAUGGACAAUGUGAUACAAUUUAUAUAUUAAAUAAUCGUCGAUUAUAUCUUCGAAUGCCAGGUCAAAUUGAAAAAUGGAUAGUUACAAUUAAAGCUCAUGUUGCUGUUAAUGAUACACUUGAUAGAAAAAUAUAUCAACCUUGUCUUUAA